AUGCCGAAAAACAGCAAAGUGACGCAGCGGGAGCACAGCAGUGAGCAUGUCACCGAGUCAGUGGCCGACCUGCUGGCUCAUGAGGAGCCCGUGGACUACAAACGCAGCAUCCUCAACGUGACGGGGGAGGCUUGGGAUAAGCAGAAGGACGGGGAGGAGGAGCUGGAUGCAGAGAACAGGCCGGCGUGGAAUAGCAAGCUGCAGUACAUCCUGGCCCAGAUUGGCUAUUCUGUAGGGCUGGGAAAUGUCUGGCGAUUCCCCUACCUGUGCCAAAAGAACGGAGGAGGCGCCUACCUGGUCCCAUAUCUGGUCCUGCUCAUCAUCAUUGGCCUCCCACUGUUCUUCCUGGAGCUGGCAGUGGGGCAGCGGAUCCGUCGGGGCAGCAUUGGUGUCUGGAAUUACAUCUGUCCUCGCCUCGGUGGCAUCGGUUAUGCCAGCUGCCUGGUCUGCUUUUUUGUCGGUCUCUAUUACAACGUCAUCAUCGGUUGGAGCAUCUUUUACUUCUUCAAGUCCUUCCAGUACCCUCUUCCCUGGAGCGAGUGUCCCAUUGUCAAGAAUGGCUCCGUGGCCGUUGUGGAGACCGAAUGUGAGAGGAGCUCGGCCACCACCUACUUCUGGUACCGGGAGGCCCUGGACAUCUCCAACUCCAUCUCAGAGAGUGGGGGACUCAAUUGGAAGAUGACCCUCUGCCUGCUGGUGGCAUGGAGUCUCGUUGGCUUGGCCAUGAUCAAAGGCAUCCAGUCCUCGGGGAAGGUGAUGUAUUUCAGCUCCCUCUUCCCCUACGUGGUGCUGGUUUGCUUCUUGGUGCGGGGCCUCCUGCUGCGCGGGGCGGUGGAUGGGAUCAUGCACAUGUUCACCCCCAAGCUGGACAAGAUGCUGGACCCCCAGGUGUGGCGGGAGGCAGCCACGCAGGUGUUCUUUGCCUUGGGAUUGGGCUUUGGGGGGGUCAUCGCCUUCUCCAGCUACAACAAGCAGGACAACAACUGCCACUUCGAUGCCACACUCGUCUCCUUCAUCAACUUCUUCACGUCUGUCCUGGCCACUUUGGUUGUGUUCGCCGUGCUGGGCUUCAAGGCCAACAUCAUGAAUGAGAAAUGCGUGGUGGAGAAUGCUGAGAAGAUCUUGGGAUACCUGAACACCAACGUGCUCAGCCACGACCUCAUCCCACCCCAUGUGAACUUCUCCCACUUGACAGCCAAGGACUACAACGAGAUGUACAGGGUGAUCAUGACGGUGAAAGAGGGGCACUUCAAAGAGCUGGGCUUGGAUGCGUGUCUGUUGGAGGAUGAGCUCGACAAGUCAGUGCAAGGAACUGGCCUGGCCUUCAUCGCCUUCACAGAAGCCAUGACCCACUUCCCAGCCUCUCCAUUUUGGUCUGUCAUGUUCUUCUUGAUGCUGAUAAACCUGGGGCUGGGCAGCAUGAUUGGGACCAUGUCAGGCAUCACCACGCCCAUCAUCGACACCUUCAAGGUGCGGAAGGAGGUGUUCACAGUUGGUUGCUGCAUCUUCGCCUUUGUGGUGGGCCUGAUCUUCGUGCAGCGCUCUGGGAACUACUUUGUCACCAUGUUUGAUGAUUACUCAGCCACGCUGCCGCUCACCGUUGUGGUCAUCCUGGAGAACAUCGCUGUGGCCUGGAUUUAUGGCACUAAGAAGUUCAUGCAGGAACUGACAGAGAUGCUGGGUUUUCGGCCCUAUCAGUUCUACUACUACACCUGGAAGUACGUCUCUCCCAUCUGCAUGGCUGUGCUCAUGACUGCCAGCAUCAUCCAGCUGGGAGUCAGCCCCCCGGGCUACAGCGCGUGGAUCAGAGAGGAGGCUGCAGAGAAGUUCCUUUUUUACCCAACCUGGGCCAUGGCUAUCCUCAUCUCCCUGAUCAUCCUGGCCUCCCUCCCUCUGCCUCUGGUCUUCAUCCUCCGGCAGUUCCACCUGGUGUCAGACGGCUCCAACACCCUCUCGGUCACCUACAAGAAGGGCCGGAUGAUGAAGGACAUCUCCAACUUGGAAGACAACGACGAGACGCGCUUCAUCCUGAGCAAGGUGCCGAGCGAGACCCCAUCCCCAAUGCCCACCCACCGUUCCUACCUGGGUCCUGGGAGCAACUCCCCUAUGGAGAUGAGCAGCGCGCCCAACGGACGCUAUGGGAGCGGGUACCUGACGGCCGGCACCCCCGAGUCUGAACUGUGACGGUGGGCAGCUGACCACCCCCUGGGAGAGGAGAGGUCGCUGGGGAGUGGAUCCUGGCUGUCCAGGCAACGGGAAAACUAUCAAAGAAGAAACCCCUCUUUAAGUUGUAACCAAAAGCAGCCGUUCCCAUGAUGAUGAAGGGAUUGCGGGAGGGGCUGGACUCCUCCAACAGCCCUCAGCAAAGGGCAGGACCUGGGGCUCGCCUUAGGGAAGGGAGGAGCAAGGGAUGCUGCGAUGCUUUUCCGAGGGUUGUCCUCUCGCAGCUCGAAUCUGAAGCAAAGAAUCUCUCUUUUCAAGCAGCUGGUGGUUGGAAAAAGGACCUGGCGUCAGGUGGAAAGCGAACCGUGCUUCCUCCUGCAGCCCAGCGCUCUGCCCUUCGUCUGUUGUCCUUUAGCUGGGAGGAGUCAUGGCCUUAUUCCAACGAGCACAAUUAACCGUCGAUGUUCAUAGCACAAAAGGGUGCUGCCGUUGUUUGCCAUCGUUGUUGUUGUUGUAUCUCCUGUAGUUUUUCUAGCUGUGGACACACCCAGAUAACCCCAACGUUUUGGCCAGGGCUGGCAGGGAGCAGCGUGGGGCUGAGUUAUGGUGAUGUGUGGGACUGCAGCUGGCGGCUCUUUGGUGGCUGUCCCAUCACCACCAGCACAGGGACAGGGUCUGCAGGUUGUUCCCAGGUGGGAACUGGGGUGAUGUGAGGUCGGCGUGCUCUGAGAUGUUGGGAUGGCAUGGACUGUGGGCAGGCAGCUCUGCUGAGUGGCACCUCCAAAAUGAGGGAUUUAAUGUGAGGUCUAGAAGGGCAGUGGGGAUGGAGCAGGGAGCACUCUGCUGGAAUAGCUCCAGACCUAUGGGAUGCUCUACUGCACCACCAUCCCUGGUGUGGUGGUCAUCUCUUGCUGCUUUCUUUAGGCACGUGGAGCUGUGGGGCACCACGUCCUACAGCAGCCCUGCUUUGGCACUCAGGAAACUGCCCUGGGCUGUGGGGAGGUGAGCUGGCUUUUGGGGAUGGCAGAUGGAAGCGUAUGUCUGAGCAGCCAGCACCGGGUCCCAGCAUCCCCAUGGGCUGCAUCCAGACUGCUGAGCCCCCUGUGGUGCCAAUCCAUGCUGCCUGGGGAGCGCAUGGAUGCAAAGCUGUGUGAGUGAGGGAGGGUUGGGUUUCCCAGCUCUGAUUUUCUCCCUCUGGCACUGAAGGUUUCCCUGAAUCAAACACAAAGCCAAGCAUUUCUGUUGGGAGUGCAGUAUGAAGUGACCAUGCCUUCUUUCCUCCGUGGGCACAGGGGAGCAGCACCUGCUGUCUUGGCACGUUUUAUGCUCUCAAAAGCUGGGCGAGCUCCUUACUUCAGUCCUGUAGGGCUGAGACCACACCUGGGGGUGUUUCAAACACUUUUGCAGACCACGUUCCUGGCUCCUUGCCCA